CAUGAUGACACGAGUAACAGUCACUAUGAAUCUACACAUAGUCCUGUUGGUGAUUUUACUCGCCGGAUUCCAGGUCGCUCAUUCAGCCUUUGCCCCGAUGAAUGCGCCUGGUGGGCGGCCAGGCCAUUCCACCUCCACCGACACGUGUAGCGACAUCCGGGGAGUUCCUGCGCAGUUAAGGAGCGCAAGCAACAUCAGACCGAGUGGAUUGUCGUAUUUCUACCAGAAAUAUACAGAGGCGUAUGGGAUACCCGUAUUAGGUUCCGUUAACGUCCCCGACGACGCUCUUCGCCGCGCCUGUUACGCCCUUCGCUUCCUCCUCGCCGACCACAGCGGUGUGCGGCAGUCCUACUACCGACUGUCGGGGAGGGUGGCAGUGAUCGGAGCUCGGGAAGGGACGGUGUCCAUUCCGGAACACGCUUGGCUUGGCCCCUCCUGGAACGCCCGAGCACGUGGACUUGGGGCGACGGAAUACGCCCCCGUGUCAACAGGAGGCGAGGAAAACAUCCUUUGUUACAAUACGGACAGGUAUCGGUUCGAGGACAUCUUCCUGCACGAGUUCGCCCAUGGCAUCCAUCUACUCGGUGCCAAGUAUGCCAUCCCAGGUUGGCAGAGUCGCCUACAGUCGCUAUACUACCAGGCCAGAUCUGCCGGUAGAUGGCGAAACACAUACGCCAUGACUACAGUGGAGGAAUAUUUCGCGGAAGGGACACAAAGCUACUUCAACGUCAACGCUUACUCCGCCGUCCCCAACGGCAUCCACAACCGCGUCAACACCCGCGAGAAACUACGGCAAUACGACCCCCAGCUGUUCUCUCUGAUACAGGAGGUAUUUCCCUGCGGGAACACGUACCUCAGAAGAUGUAUGGCAACCCGAAAUGCUGAGAGAAGCCAGCGUCUGAUGAUGGACUGCAACACUGGGGGCGGCGGCACUGGAAACGAAACCGAAAUCGGAACCGGAACCGGCACUGGAACUGGAACCGGAACCGGAACUGGCUCUGGAACCGAAACCGAAAUCGGAACCGGAAUAGGCACUGGAACCGGAACCGGAACCGGAACCGGAACCGGAACCGGAACUGGAAACGUAACCGAAAUCGGAACCGGAACAGGAACUGGUACCGGAACCGGAACUGGCUCUGGAAGCGAAACCGAAAUCGGAACCAGAACCGGCACUGGAACUGGAGACGGAACCGGAACCGGAACUGGAACUGGAACUGGAAACGAAACCGAAAUCGGAACCAGAACCGGCACUGGAACUGGAACCGGAACCGGAACUGGAACUGGAAACGAAACCGAAAUCGGAACCGGAACCGGCACUCGAACCGUAACCGGAACCGGAACUGGAACUGGAACUGGAACUGGAACUGGAACCGGAACUGGUUCAGGCAACUGUCUGGACAGGAACCGCAACUGCAGGUCAUGGGCUUCUCUAGGGGACUGUGGCUCCAAUCCUCGCUACAUGCACGUGUACUGUAGACAAAGUUGCAACAGAUGCUCAGGAGGCGGAGGAGCAGGUGGAUCCUGUGUGGAUGCAAACACCAACUGCAGGAGCUGGUCGAUGAUGGGGGAGUGUGGACGGAACCCCGGCUACAUGUUGUUCGCGUGUAGACUCAGCUGCGGUCAGUGCUGACCAUGUCCGUGCAAUGAACCAAACAACAUG